GAUGGUCAUUCAUAGUUGAAACUCGCUGAUAGAAGGUGUUCGAACUCGAAACCAUUUCCUGAGAACAAUUGAGCAAGCAAAAAAAAAUAAAAGUACUAUCCGUCAAAAGCAGUGUAAUUGGAUGUCCAAAAAUACAAUUUGAAGUUUCUCAUAGGUAUUCACGGACAUUCUCAUAGGAGAGGUGUCCGUUACUUGAACAGAGGUAUGUGCAAUUAAAAUUCAAGAGGAAACGUCUGAUGCUACAUUUGCAGAAAAUUUAAACCAUCAUGGAAAAAUCAACUCGACCUGUUAGAAACCGAAAAAGAAGUAGGAAAGCUUGGCCACCUGGUGAUAUUCACCGACCAGUCAAGAGGCUGUUUACCCCGGAAAUCAAGCGUAUGCUGAAGGACUGGCUUGUCCGAAGACGCGAGAAUCCCUAUCCAAACCGAGAGGAGAAAAAACAGCUCGCAUGCGAGACCGGAUUGACGUAUACACAAAUUUGCAACUGGUUCGCUAACUGGCGUAGAAAGCUCAAAAACUCAGGCCAUGAUCCAGCGAAGAAAACAUGGGGAAUCCUGAUCAAGAACUAUAACACCAAUGCAAAGGGCAACGUGGAGCAAUUCAGCAUAUGCUCUGGUGAUAGCAUCUGGGGCGAGAAUGAUAAUGACUCCCAGAGAUCAGGAUCUACCCCGCCGGGAUACCUGAAGCAGCGAUUUGCAACGUACGGCAACAACAAUACGAAUGGGUCCGUGAGCUAUAUGAAAUUCGUAGAACAUAGUAGCAGCGAGACGUCGGAAGACGAAACACCGGGAAACUACUCGGAGAAUGAUUUCUUCGAUCACUGUUAUACACCAAGGACGACUGCUCACCCAAUGCUCGGAAUACCCGGUCAGGCGCAAUGCUUUCAGAUCACUUCUACUACCGAAGAAGGCUUACCAGAUUUCAACAUGAACACAAGUUCGGUUAUAGCAGCCAGUUUCCCGAAUGCCUUCCAGGGGGAAAAUGGUACAUUCUAUCUAACCCCCAGUACAACUGUUUCGCCGGCCUUCAUCCAGAAAAGCACUAACAAGUACAAAAACAGCAUAAUGGAAAAGUAUCUCCGAGAUCUGAGCGAAGUAAAACCUGAACCGAACAAUGAACAUUUGUCGUGUUCAAGUCCGUUCCAGCAGCUAGCAACCCACACACAGGUCGCUGCACCCUGCAGUCAAGUUGGAUGUGAAAUCCGUGGACCACCAUCCCUCUCGAAAUGGCUUGAAAGCACUGCCAAAUUUACCCCGUCGAAAAACAAUUACAUUGAUUGGGAUCAAUCGUGCAAACCGUCCUCGUCGAAGAAACGAUUUGAUCCUACCAAUAACCAGUCGCCACAUCCAAACCAACACCCGACACCGAAUUCGCUCGAGUUGGGUAUGCACCAGAAGGAUGAAAUAGAUGCAGCGGAAGCCUUGACGCGAUUAGCCAACAACUUUCGAUUGAAAUUUUAUACUUGAUGCAAUGCAACAUGUUGACAGUCCCAACAAGCACUAGCAUUCCCGGGUGUACAGACGCUACAAAAUAGAUUUUUUAUUUAUCGAUAGAAAACUGUGUGACUGAAAUCGUGGAAUAGAUAAUAAUUUAUUAGCAGAAAAAAAAAUUAGCACCAAUUUACUGUAGCAUUCAGUUAUAGAGCCAACUUUAGAUGUACAAUAACAUAGAAAUGCUUCAUGGAACAUAUAAACCAAUGUUAGAUGCCACUCUGGUAUUCAUUUCUACAGAGUUAAUUAUUUAUUCGAACCUAAUUUUCUCCCGAUACACAAUUACGCGACAAUCAGCCAUCUUGACUUUUUUUUUGGACAACCCUAUUCGUUGUAACAAGUAGUGUUGAUGUUCGUUGGUUUUAAUUUGUUUCGUAUAUAGUAAUGCAUCGAAAUCCGGACGCUUAAGCGCUUACGAAUAUAACUUCAACUACAAAAAAAUAUUGACAUAUCAUAGCACUAAAAAUUAGCGUUCCUAUGGAAUUAUAAGGCCUUCACCUAUGUUAUGAAUCACAGAACUCCACAAAAUCAUGUUAUUUGAAAUUUCUUUCAUCGUGUCGUGAUUUUAUAUCCGGACACUUUUUUAAUCAUGCUUUGAAAUCCGUACACUUUUGCUUUUAAAUCCAGACACCUGUUUUCUUGCAAUUCUUUGAGAGAAAUUAUUUAUUAAUUAUUGUAGAACUUAUUAACGGGUGCGUCAUAAGUAGCGGGGCUAAGUGGAAACGGGUUUGGUACAAAAGUUUUUCAUUAAUUCAAUUAUUUCUUGUAUUUUCACAAGAUUACUACUACAAGAUGGCGCCAUUUAUAUAUAUUUUCAAAAUCUUAUCAAUAUGGGUAUCAAAUGAAGGGACUUGAUUAGUAAAAUACAGAAAUUUAUGAAAAAUGUAAAUCCAAAAUGGCGGCCGCUACAAAAUGGCGGAUUACAUAUUCUCUCAGAACCCCAUCAAUAUGGGUAUCAAUCGAAAGAGAUUGACUAGUAGAACACGGUUAUUCAUGAAAAAUGGAAAUCCAAAAUUUUGAUGAAAUUGAUGAAUGGUUUUAUUGUAGAGAAAUAUACUAAUGAUUCAAAUAAUGUACUAAAAACUUAAAAAUAAUUAAAAACACUUUUCAAGUUCAACGGUUUCAUUAUGAUUCAACAUAAUAACAAUACAGAUGAUGUACUAAAAGCUAGAAAAUAAUUAGGCAAGUAGCAGUUAGUAAUUAUCACACCCCUUCUUCAUUAAUCUAGGGCAUUGAUGAGACUAAAAUAAAAUCGUGGGGCAUGUAACGAAACAACUAACGAUAGGUAAUGGAAAUCUGACGUGGCCCAUUUUGGAUUUG